UUAAAAGUAAUCCAAUAUAAUUUGGCAACAGCAGCACGUGUUAAAAAACCUAGAUUAGAUUAGAUCCUUUUAUGAAAGCAGAGACGGUAGAAGAAAGGGGUCCCUGUUCCCGGCCGGCGUGGUCUUAUUCCUCCUGAAUUGACAUCGAAUUUUAGCUCCUUAACAUGAAGCGCAAGCGCGGGCAUAAGAAAGGGAUGCCAAAGAAGAAAGAAGAAACCGAUGAGUAUAAAGAUAACUCUGGAAUGGAAGUUGACACACCUUCUUCCGAUCUUGCUAACAUAAACCCUGAUGGUUCCAAGAAGUCUGUUGGCCGCGUUAAGGUCAAGCUCAGGGCACCAAACUUGUUGGACUCCCAACCAACCUCAUCUGAUGAGAGUAGCCACCAACAUGCAAAAUUAGGGGCUCCUUCAAUCAGACCUGGUACUGGUAGCAUCAAAAUUAAGUCUUCAAAGGCUUUGGGAUUAAAUGCUGACAAACCUUUCUCAGAAACAAAUCCCCGAUAUAAUAAGCACCAAUUGGAUACUUCCUUAACGAUUAUAAGGAAGGUAAUGAAAAUGGAGGCUGCUGAACCCUUCAAUGUCCCUGUUAACCCUCAAGCUCUGGGAAUUCCUGACUAUUUCGAUAUCAUAGACAUGCCAAUGGAUUUUGGAACCAUAUGCAGCAAUCUUGAAAAGAAUGACAAGUAUAUGAAUUCAGAGGAUGUCUAUAGGGAUGUUCAGUACAUUUGGGACAACUGCUAUAAGUAUAACAAUAAGGGUGACUAUAUCUUGGAUCUUAUGAAGCGAGUAAAGAAGAACUUCAUGAAGUACUGGGCUGCUGCUGGGUUAUACAGUGAACCGCCAAAAGGGGCGAAAGGUGCUGAGAAGACUUCGGAAGAUAUUGCACUGUCUGAUGGAAAAGCGGGGAAGGCUGCUCAACUUAAGCAGAAGAAAAAAAAGCGCCAUGGAAGACACCAUAAACAUGACUGUUUAUGCGCUAUUUGUGUGCUAAAGCGCCGUAGGAAGGAACGGGAACGGGAGGAGAAUGCUCAGAUUACUAAAGGCAAUUUUGCAACUGGUGGUGACAAGCACGCUAAAGAGUUUAAGCAAGAGGAACCAAUGCUUGUAGAGAGCCCUGGUGGCGAGGAUUCAUCGUCAAAUACGGAUGAAUCACUGGGUUCUGAUGGAGAUGCCGGGGUAGACAAAGGAGAGGUGGCAAAGAUGGAGAUUAGUGAGAAGCAGCGUAGCCCUUCUGAGGGAAAGCAUGAAACAGUAGACGUUGAUGAUGAUAACGAUGAUGAAGACAACCAUGAUGUGGAGGAAGAUGAGGAGGAGGAAGAUGAAGAUGAGGAAGAGAUUGAAAUGGACAGUCAGAAGAGAGAGAUGGAUGAUACUUUAAAGCAUGGUGGAACCUUGGCAGAGAAAUCGAAUGUUGGAGAUGCAACUGUUCUUCAUGAUGAAUAUAAAACAAUGCAACAAGAAGGGCAAGCUGCAAUUGUUCAGCAACAGAAGAAGCACAAGGACUCACAAGAUAAACAUCAGAAGGCUAAGCUGCUUGAGAGCUUAUGUGUUGAAAACCCGAAACUUUCAAGCUUGUGUGGGAUUCUCUUCCCCAAUAAUAGUCAGUCUGUGUGGAGUGGACCACACUCCCUAUUGCAUCAAAGAAAUUCUGCUUGUGCUAGUUCAAUUCAUGCGGCUAUUGGGACUUUCAUGGAGUAGCUUCUUAAUUUAACGGAUUAACUACUUCUAAAUAGCCUGUUAAAUUAAUAUUUUAGUUUUAGUUCACAAUGUAUGAUAGUCACAAUUUGUUGAGAACGUUAGCAGAUUUUGUAGUUUUGUA